AUUGAUUUUGAUUUGAUGACGUCUGAUGGCGUUUAUAAAAAAAAGAAAAAAAAAAAGAAUCACUAUUUAAACUGCAACACCGUCUGUAAAUCUGUCCAGAUCUUAUCUUUCGUGUCUGCUGUUUCAAGCUCUGAAAGGACAACAAUGAUACUGGUCACUGUUCUCUUGGCCGUUGCUGUUCAGUUGGCUAAUGCUGACCAACAGCAACAAGUCGCGCUGUCAACAGCGUCUGCAAGCUUCUCCCAGAAUCUCUACCAGCAAGUUGCUUUGGACAAACCCAACGUCAUCUACUCACCUUACAGCAUUCAUUCAGCUUUGACGAUGACGUCCCUUGGUGCCAAGGGAGAUACUGCUUCAGAGAUGAGUACCACACUAGGUAUUACCGCCCUUGGCGACUCAGUUCAUCUGACAUAUAAGGAACUCAUUCAGCAGAUGAAUUCUGUGACAGAGGUGCAGCUGCACACCGGAAACGCCAUCUUCGUCAACCCUUAUUAUCACAUCAACCCAAAGUUUAUCGAAGACACCACCAACGAUUAUUCCGCCAGAACUGCCAACAUCGAUCUAGCCGCAGACGGAGGUCCUGAAAAGCCAAUCAACGAUUACAUCGCUGCUCAGACAGAAGACAUGAUUAAGGGCGUCUUGCAACCAGGUAGCAUCGAUGGUAGCACUUUGAUGAUUUUGGUCAACACAAUCUUCUUCAACGGAACCUGGGAAGAGACGUUCGCUACGUACCAGACAAGAAGUCAGAGCUUCAAUCAGCUAGGUGGCGCUGUUAAGCAGGUCGACAUGAUGCACGACGACAGAACUAUAAAGAUCAAGAGAGACGAUUCCAAUGGCGUGGAUGUGGCUGAGCUCCCCUUUAAAGGAGGUAGAUUCAGUCUGUACAUUGCACUGCCACAGAAAGUGGACGGCAUCACUGACCUAGAAAAACUGUUGGCACAGCCCAACAAAGUCAACGAUCUGUUCACUGGACUGAACUACGUCCGAGUCCAACUGGCCAUCCCCAAGUUUAAGACAGAGACAAAACUGACCCUCAACAAGCCACUCAAAGACAUGGGCAUGGUCAAAGCUUUCAGUCCAAUGGCUGCAGAUUUCACAGGAAUCGUUCAGUCAUCACAGCUUUACAUCAGCGAUGUUUUACACAAGGCUGUGAUUGAAGUGCAAGAAACUGGCACCGUGGCUGCAGCUGCCACAGUCAUCGGCAUCUCCUUCUCAGCAGUCCUACUUCCGCCAUCUGAUACCUUCAUCGCUGACCAUCCUUUCGUGUACUUCCUGAGAGAUAAUCAAACUGGACAGAUUCUCUUCCAAGGGAAAUUCUCUGGCUGA